AAGCUGUAGGCGAUCAGACAUAACCACUGAUAGAAAGAACAAUCUUACUUUAUAUGGAUAAAGGACACGUUACGAUACGAGUGUGUAUUUAAUGAUUGGUAUUUAAGAAUUGUUUUUUUUUUACAAAAGAAUUUUGUCAAUAAAUUGUAUUGAAUUGCUAAGAAAAAUGCAGAUUCUUCUAGGUUUAUUAGUUUUAGUUACCGGUGCACAUUGUUUAUAUUCAUCUAAUUCAGAUGUCAUCAAUCUGACACCAAGUAAUUUUGAUAGUAAAGUAAUUGAUAGCGAACAUAUCUGGAUCGUAGAAUUUUAUGCGCCAUGGUGUGGACACUGUCAACAAUUUGUAUCUGAAUAUGACAAAGCAGCAACAGCAUUGAAGGGCAUCAUCAAAUUUGGAGCAGUGAAUGCAGACGAACAUCAAUCUCUUGGAUCUAGAUUUAACGUACGUGGUUUUCCAACGGUUAAAAUUUUUAGUAAAGAUAAAAAUAAACCGGAAGAUUUCAAUGGUCCUCGUACAGCAGCUGGUCUCAUUGAAGCUGCAACAACUGCUGUUAGUCAGAGAGCAUAUGCUAAAAUAGGUAGCAAAAAGAGUGGCGGUAGCAGUGGUGGUAGUGGUCAUAAACAAGCUAAAGAUUCUAAGGAUGUUGUGGAACUUACUGAUGAGAAUUUUGACAAAUUAGUAUUGAAUUCAGAAGAUAUGUGGUUAGUUGAAUUCUAUGCCCCGUGGUGUGGACACUGCAAAAAUUUGGCACCUAUCUGGGCUUCUGCGGCUACGGAACUUAAAGGCAAAGUAAAAUUAGGAGCUCUUGAUGCAACUGUACAUACUGUCAAGGCUAGUCAAUAUAAAAUAGUGGGAUACCCGACUAUCAAGUAUUUCCCAUUAGGCAAGAAAGGUGCUGACUCUGUACAAGAAUAUGAUGGUGGUCGUACAAGUACCGAUAUUGUUAACUGGGCUUUGGAUAAAUUAGCCGAAAAUAUUCCAGCACCCGAAGUAGUUCAAAUAGUCGAUGAAAAGAGCUUAAGGAGUGCAUGUCAAGAUAAACCUCUUUGUGUAGUUUCAGUAUUACCACAUAUAUUAGAUUGUCAAUCAGAAUGCAGAAAUCAAUACCUAAAAGUUUUACGCGAUCUUGGAAAGAAUUAUAAAAAGAAAAUGUGGGGAUGGGUUUGGUCAGAGGCAGGAGCUCAACCAAACAUUGAAGAAGCAUUGGAAAUUGGAGGAUUUGGUUAUCCAGCUUUGGCAGCAGUAAAUAUUAAAAAAAUGAAGUAUUCCUUAUUGAAAGGAAGUUUUUCAUACGACGGAAUAAAUGAAUUUUUGAGAGAUUUAAGUUACGGACGUGGUGGAACUGCUCCUUUGAAAGGUGCUCAAUUACCUUCUAUAAUUGAAAUUACACCAUGGGACGGUAAAGAUGCCGAGCCUCCACAAGAAGAAGAUAUCGAUCUUACCGAUUUUGUUUUGGAUGAGAAAGAUGAAUUGUAAUCAUCGAGAUAUCAAUGAAAUCUUUUUUUUGUACGGUGCUGUACUCGAUUUGUCAGGUAUGCUUUUUCCUGAGCAACGAUAUAUUGCAUUUCAUUCAUAUGUAACGUAAUAAUCAUCGAUAGAAUGUGUUUAUAAAAAAAAUAAAAAAGGAGAGAAAGAAAUUAUACAGCUUAUAUAAUACUUUGUUUUUCAGCUGUGAUGCAUUUUAAUAUUGUAUGUAUCAUUGAAAAUCGAUCUCCGAGUGACUGGUCUCGUUUGAAAUAUACGUAUCUUAAGUUUCUCAAAAUAUCGAUGCUUGAAUUAUGGAAAAAUAUAGUAUUAUUGUUCGUUGUCGACUAUCUGGAUAACAAAGUUAAUUUGAAAGAUAUUUUAUACGAAAGUAUAGUCGAAAGUAUGUUUGUGUUGCAUAAAUUAUAUUUUUCCACAGUGCCAAGCAUUCCUUCCAAGAAAGCUAAUUUACAUAAAUUUAUGUAAACUUCUUAAACAGAAAAAACAAGAAAGAAAAAAACGAUGCAUUUACAUAUA